AUGGAGGAAGAACUCAAGAGCUUGAUUAUAGCAUGGGUUUCACAAAUCAUGUCCAUAUCUUAUUGUUACUAUUUACCACCCAGAAUCAAGCCUGGUCUUCCUCGAUUCCUCUCUGUAUUCCCCAUCAUUGCUCUGUUUCUUGUUCUUCCUCUGUUUUUCUCCUCGGUGCAUUUAUCUUUCAUCACAGCGUUCUUCCUCACAUGGCUCGCCAGUUUCAAACUCAUCCUCUUCUCCUUCGAUAAGGGUCCUCUAAUCCCAAUACCCUCAAACCUCUCGCGAUUCCUCUGCUUCACUUGCUUCCCCAUCAAAGCCCAGCAAAACCCUAAACCUCAGACUCAUUUGCCCAAAUGGGUUUUCGCCAUUAAAGUUGCACUCUUUAGUGUAAUAUUACAUUUGUAUGGCUACAGACAAGACCUGCCUCCGCUUCUGCUAUUGGCUCUUCAAUUUCUGCAACUCUACCUCGAGCUUGAGAUCAUUUUUACGUUCGUCAAAGUUGUGGCUUCUAUCUCUAUUGGGUGCGACCUCGAGCCACAGUUUAAUAAACCAUACUUAGCCACAUCACUACAAGACUUUUGGGGUCGUCGGUGGAAUGUAAUGGUUCCGGAGAUUCUCCGGCAAGCCGUUUACAAACCAGUGCGGCAAGUUUCUGAACGCCGAAUGAGCUCCGACUGGGCUCUGUUUUCGGGUAUUUUGGUGGUAUUCAUCGUCUCUGGUUUGGUUCACGAACUGCUCUUCUUCUAUUUAACUCGUGAGGUUCCCACGUGGGAAGUUACUCUGUUCUUCAUGUUACACGGCGUUUGCAUUGCGGUGGAAUUGGCGGUGAAGAAGAAGACAACAGUGAUGCAGCGGUGGCGGUUAAAUCCGGUAGCAUCGCGGUUACUCACGGUGGGGUUUGUGUUUGUGACUGGUUCUUGGUUGAUUACACCUCAGCUUGCAAGGAGCGGCGUGAUGGAGAAAUACACCAACGAAGCUUUGUUUUUCGUUGAUUUCGUUAAACACAAGUUAUUUCUUUUGUUUGGAUGUUUACGACAAGUGUUUGGAACAGGCGCAUUUUAAGAGUGUUAUGUUUUAGUUUCAAAAAGAGUUUAAAUUUCGGUCCCAGUUGUUCAAGGUUCGCUUCUCAAGUGU